AUGCCAAUCCCAUGGAAGAUCCUCGGGGGCACCGCGGCAACAGGCGUGGCUGGCACGGGGCUAUUCUUCGUCUACCUCACGCAUGGUAUCGAGACUGUACCAAUGCAAGCGUCGGAUACGAUCUUCCACUCACAGUUCCAUGCGGCAUAUAACCCCAAUGGCAAUCCGACGAUACACGACUUGCACGUCAUACGCGUGCCCCUACAUCGAAUCGAACCAGGCCUUCUAGAGGACCAGGAGAAGUUGCUGGAGAGGUUCUGUGGUGGAGUCUGGGCGGGCAUAGGCUUCGCCCCUCACCGAAUCCUCCUCUCCCUCAUCGAGAACCGAGACGGGACCAAACCGCAAAUCUGGACACGCCCCGACCUCCUACACUCACAAUACAGCGUCGGGACCGACAUCGCGGGCAACUUCGAGGUCAUCGAUCGAACGGCCAGCUCCAUACUCAUCCGCGGCGGAGGCAAGACGUCGGUUCGGGGCCUGCGUCCGCUCGAUGCGCUGAUGGAGCUUGGCGCGAGCAUUGAUCGGGAGAAUAAUAUGGUAGAGUUUGCGUUCAAGUCGCUUUUUUUUCAAGGGCUUGGAGUGUCAAGAGAAAAGCUUAUGCCGGCGCCCGUGGUGUGGUUGCAUGAGCAGUAUGCCAAGGCUAUGUUGGGGGGUGGUGUGCGGUAUGUUUUGAAGUAG